CGCUGGUACCUCCAUCCUCUCCCUCCCUCCCUCCCUCUCUCGCCGCGCACCAGGGCGACAAUGUCGGACUGCAGGAGGCAGUGGAACCGCGAGGACGAGCUGCCGGUCUACCUGGCGGGACCCAUCGCGGCCGGGCCCAACCAGCGCAAAAGCUUCGGCAUGUUCAGCUCCGUGGAGGGGGCGUUCGAGAGCAAGACCAUCGACCUCGACGGCUACGCGGUGGGCGCCAGGAAAGGCGGCCGCACCCUGCGGAGCGGCAGCCGGGAGAGAGUGCUGGAUCUGUGCGACGGCACCACCGGCAAGGCCACGGAUGGCGCAUCGGACCCGUCGUCACUGCAGGCCACCUCCCCCGGGGAGGGAGAGCCUCCCCGGGUUGAGACCGGAUGUGCUCCGGGGAGGGAACACACACAUGAAAAGAGUGAGAACCUGCUGAUCAAAGGAGGACGUGUGGUCAACGACGACCAGUCUGUCUACGCAGACGUGUACAUCGAAGAUGGGCUCAUCAAACAGGUAGGACAGAACCUGCUAGUUCCGGGUGCUGUGCGGGUGAUCGAGGCCAACGGGCGCAUGGUGAUACCUGGAGGGAUCGACGUCAACACUUGCCUGAUGAAGCCUUACCUGGGCGUGCGCCCGCUGGACGACUUCCUCCAAGGCACCAAGGCGGCGCUGGCCGGAGGCACGACCAUGAUCAUCGACCACGUGACCCCCCAGCCCGGGGACAGCCUGCUGGACGCCUUCGAGGUCUGGCAGAGAGCGGCGGACACGAAGGCGUGCUGCGACUACUCCCUCCACGUGGACAUCCCUCAGUGGAACCACACAGUCAAGGAGGAGUUGGAGCUGCUGGUGCAAGAGAAAGGUAUCAACUCCUUCCAGGUGUACAUGGCCUACAAGGACGUGUACCAGCUGACCGACUCUCAGUUGUACCAGGCAUUCUCCUUCUUGAAAGACAUUGGCGCCGUGGUGUUGGUUCACGCUGAAAACGGAGAUCUGAUUGCUCAGGAACAGAGCAAAAUCCUUGGGAUGGGCAUCACUGGACCUGAAGGCCAUCCUCUGAGUCGUCCUGAAGAGGUGGAGGCUGAGGCCGCAUUCCGUGCCAUCACCCUCGGCAACCGUGUCAACUGUCCCGUCUACAUCACCAAGGUGAUGAGCAAGAGUGCCGCCGACACCAUCGCCCAGGCCCGCAGGAAAGGCUCUGUCGUUUUUGGGGAGCCGAUCACAGCCAGCCUGGCCACAGAUGGCUCCCAUUACUGGAGCAAGAGCUGGGCCAAAGCUGCUGCUUAUGUCACCUCACCUCCUUUGAGUCCGGACCCCACCACCCCGGACCACCUCCACACUCUUCUGUCCUGUGGGGACCUACAGGUGGUGGGCAGCGCUCACUGCACAUUCAGCACCUCUCAGAAGGCCAUCGGGAAGGAGGACUUCACUUUGAUCCCUGAGGGCACCAAUGGAGUGGAGGAGAGGAUGACUUUUGUUUGGGACAAAUCGGUGGCCAUGGGGAAGAUGGAUGAGAACCAGUUUGUGGCCGUCACCUCCACCAACGCUGCCAAAAUCUUCAACCUGUACCCACGUAAGGGUCGGAUAGCGGUGGGAUCUGACGCGGACCUUGUCAUCUGGGACCCUGACUGCACCAGAACCAUCACCUCCAAACUCCAGCAGUCGGCUGCAGAACACAACAUCUUUGAGGGUCUGGAAUGCCGCGGGGCCCCGACUGUGGUGCUGAGUCAGGGUCGGGUGGUGUUUGAGGACGGGAAGCUGCGAGUCCAACCAGGAACCGGCAGAUUCAUCCCUCGUCAAGCCUUCCCGGACUUUGCCUACCAGCGACUGAAGUUCAGGAAUCAGAUGAAGGUCAAAGGGGUCACACGUGGGCUGUAUGACGGGGCUGUGUGUGAUGUCAUCCUAACCCCCAAAUAUGUCACGCCCUCACCCUCCGCCAAGACAUCCCCCACCUCGCAGCAACCACCGCCCAUUCGCAACCUUCACCAGUCCAACUUCAGCCUAUCAGGGGCUCAGAUCGACGACUACAUCCCCCGCAGGUCAGGCCAUCGUAUUGUAGCGCCCCCCGGUGGCCGCUCCAACAUCACCAGCCUCGGUUGACCGUCUCCCCCCCCCCCGCCAGGACACCAUCACGGAUCUGCACAUAUUCAGUCAGUGUGACUUACAAUCAAAGAAACUCACAUUUCGUAUGAUGACCCCCCCUUUUCAUACGUCACUUAUUUCAAAAUAAAAGCACAAUCAGGCCCCCAAACCUCCAUUGCAUGAUGUGCCUGUUGGAUGUGACACUACUUUAUUGUAACGCGCACAAUGACAUAACCAGCACAAAAAAAGAUCACAAUCAGAAACCUGCUUCACUCGACUGUGACAUGCAAACAUUCGUCGUUGCAAUAAUUGUAAUAAUCUUAUUAUAGCUCUGCACCAAACACUCAUGUUUGUGUUUUUACUCAGAAUCUUCUUUUUUUCCUUCAAAACAAAGUCCUUGUUUUUGUGUCGUCGUUGUUGUUGUGUUUGUGUAUUUUUAGCCCACUUCUGUUGCUAUUGUCUGAGCCAGGAAUGAUCAAUAAAGACUGUUGACAAACAA